ACCUCGUUAAAAAAAAUUUACGAGUCAAUGAUACUUUGACCGAGGACGCCAACCUCGUUAAAAAAAAUUUACGAGUCAAUGAUACUUUGACCGAGGACGCCAACCUCGUUAAAAAAAACUUACGAGUCAAUGAUACUUUGACCGAGGACGCCAACCUCGUUAAAAAAAAUUUACGAGUCAAUGAUACUUUGACCGAGGACGCCAACCUCGUUAAAAAAAAUUUACGAGUCAAUGAUACUUUGACCGAGGACGCCAACCUCGUUAAAAAAAAUUUACGAGUCAAUGAUACUUUGACCGAGGACGCCAACCUCGUUAAAAAAAACUUACGAAUGAAUGAUACUGUGACAAACUUGCGAAUCAAUGAUACUUUGACAACUGAGGACACCAACCUCGUUAAAAAAAAGAAAACAAUUGCUGAUACCAAUGAUUCUGAAGCCAAUGAUCGUGAGAGCUAUGACCCUGAUACACAUGAUGCUGAUAUUGAUACAUAUUAUACCAAUGACGGUGUACAAGGUACUUUCAAUCAAGGUCAUCCCAGAUUUGGAAAAAAACAGUGGUAGACAGUGUGUAGGCAACAGUGCAUCUGCAAUGUUAUUUAACCAAAUUAAAGAUAUUUCCACAUGGGACAGCUAUGAUCUUGACACAGUUCUUUGCACAGGAGACAAACUUUAUAUAGAUUCAAUAAGCCAGAGACCAUCGACUAGUCGUAGUCCAUACCUUCUUGUGUCUGAAAUUUGUCCAAAGGUAGACUUCUUUGACAAAGAAUAUAGAUUUGUGUCUGGUGAUUCUCUGACUGGCUUUGUGAUGAAGGAUACUGAUGAAAACGUAGCUAUUCCACAGCAGAUGUGUCUCGAUGCUGCUCUUCAAACAGUAUUUUCAGAACAUGAUGCUACUUUUGUGACAUUUGGAGGAGCAACAUUUGCUGUGAUAGAAAGAAAUGAGAAAUACCACGUGUUUGAUUCCCAUUCUCGGAACACUGAAGGAUUACAAGUCUCUGAUGGUACAAGCAUCCUUAUCCACUACACAAGCCUGCUUCAGGUCUAUAAACACUGUUUGAAUCUUGCACGCUCAAUGAAGCUAACUGCAGAGACACAAUUUGAAGUGACAGGCAUGAGAAUUACCACUGGUUUUGAGGCACAUGACAUUUCUGUUGACAUUUGGUCUGACAACACAAGUGAUACCAAUGAAAAUGAUGUAGUGCAUAUUGAUGAACUCAAAGACAACUCGCAGGAUGGUAGUGGGGAAAUGAUUGAGACUGACGAAAGUGCAAUGCCAUUUCAUCAGCCUGAUACGGCAUGUGAAACCAAUGAGAAUCAGGUUGCUGUGCAUAUUGAUGAACUUGAUGAGAACUCACAAGAUGGUAGUGUGGAGAUAACUGCAACUGACCAAAAUGCGACGCUAUUCUGCCCUGUAUCAUCAGAUGUAUGUGAAGAGUUGUGCAAAAAACUUCAUAUUCAACAGAAACAUUUAUCAAAGUGUCAGGAUCACGAGUUUGGCGUGGAAAUUGGUAAACCGUGUAGAACAGUAUCUAUUGAAGGUGAUGGCAAUUGCUUCUUUAGAAGUCUCUCCUAUGCAAUCUCUGGCAAAGAAAACAAUCACAGGAAAAUCAGACUGGCUGUUGUGGCACUGCUAAGAGAACAUGCUGAAAACUUCCAUGCAUUCUUAAGACCAGGUUAUGAGUCUGUUGAACAAUACAUUUCUCAAUCAAGAAUGUGGUAUGUUGGAACAUGGGCAACAGAACUAGAAAUGCUUGCAGCUGCAAAUCUACUUGGCACUGACAUUUGCACAUUCACUGGUAACAGAUGGCUGACGUAUUCAAGCGGGCAAAUAAACUCGGACACACAAAACACUGGCCAAGGCAUAUAUCUAAAUCAUGUUGGUGGAUCACAUUAUGAAGUAGUUGUUUGUGUGAACACAGUUGAUGCCUUGAGAAACACCUGUACAGACAAAUAUUGUGACAAACAUUUGAAUAUCAGUGCUUGUACAAGGAGAAAAAGAAAUGCUGACCAGUCAUCUGUAGAUCUGCUGAAUGACAGACAAUCAGUUUUGAAAAAACAAAAACUUGACAGCACAGCACAGCAAGGACAAACAAAAAUAACAAAAGGGAAGUAUGGACAGGCAAAAGCUAAAAGAGAAUAUAUGAAAGCCAAAAGAGAAUUAAAGAAAGAUGAGUCUGAAACAUUGAAUUUGAAUGUAAAACAGAGAAAACUUAGUAAAGAGAAAGAAAAGUACAAUACUGACCCUGAAUUCAGAAACAAAAAGAAACUGAAAAGUUCAAAGAAAUACAAAGAAGAUGAAGCACACAGGGAAUUUGUAAAAAGCUGCAGCAGUCAGAAAUAUACUCAUGAUUCAGAACACCGGGAAGCCGUCAAAACUUACAGCAGUCAGAAAUAUGCUCAUGUUUCAGAACACCAGGAAGCCGUCAAAACUUACAGCAGUCAGAAAUAUGCUCGUGAUUCAGAACACCAGGAAGCCGUCAAAACUUACAGCAGUCAGAAAUAUGCUCGUGAUUCAGAACACCAGGAAGCCGUCAAAACUUACAGCAGUCAGAAAUAUGCUCAUGAUUCAGAACACCGGGAAGCCGUCAAAACUUACAGCAGUCAGAAAUAUGCUCAUGAUUCAGAACACCAGGAAGCCAUCAAAACUUACAGUAGUCAGCAGUAUGCUAAAGAUCCAAAGCACAAGGAAACUUUGAAAUUAUACAGUGCAGACAAAUAUGCUAAAGAUGCAGACCACAGGGCAACUAAAAAAUACCACAGUACUGAGAAGUAUGCAAGAGAUACAAAGCACAGAGAAACUGUAAAAACCUAUAGUAUUGAGAAAUAUGCAAAGGAUACAAAACACAAAGAAACUGUAAAAACCUAUAGUACUGAGAAAUAUGCAAAGGAUACAAAACACAAAGAAACUGUAAAAACCUAUAGUACUGAGAAAUAUGCAAAGGAUACAAAACACAAAGAAACUGUAAAAACCUAUAGUACUGAGAAAUAUGCAAAGGAUACAAAACACAAAGAAACUGUAAAAAACUAUAGUAUUGAGAAAUAUGCAAAGGAUACAAAACACAAAGAAACUGUAAAAAACUAUAGUACUGAGAAAUAUGCAAAGGAUACAAAACACAGAGAAACUGUAAAAACCUAUAGUACUGAGAAAUAUGCAAAGGAUACAAAACACAGAGAAACUGUCAAAACCUACAGUACUGAGAAAUAUGCCAAAGAUGCAGUUCACAGGGCGUCUGUUAAAUCGGCCAGCAUUGCAAAGUACAAAAUUAGUGGUGAACACCGAGAGAAUUUGAAAGAGAGGCAAUCUGCCAGGGUUAUGCAAAUAACAAGAGAAAGGAAAAUAAUGAAGAAUGUUACGAAAUCCUUUGUGGAGAACAUUUCUGAAGGUCCCGAAUUUGUGUGCUCAGUGUGUCAUCGAAGACUUUUCAAAAAACAGGUUGUACAAUGUAAAAGGACUGUGUAUGAAAGCAAAGGAAGUAAUGUAGCAUCUGUAUCUGAGAAAUGCAUCACAGACACUUACAAACACAGGUGCACAGACAGUUGUGAUGACCAAUGUUCAUUUGUCAAUAGCCCUGAAGGCACAUUGUGGAUUUGCUAUACUUGUCAUAGGAAACUUUUGUCUGGCAAAAUGCCUGGAGAAGCUGUUGUUAACAACCUUGAACUGACCCCUGUUCCUAUGCAACUACAAUGUCUCAAUGAACUAGAGCAGCACUUGGUUGCCUUGAAUAUCCCUUUCAUGAAAAUGAUGGCAUUACCAAAAGGUGGACAACAUGGCGUACAUGGACCCGUAGUGUGUGUUCCCUCUAACAUUCAGAAAAGCACCAGUAUGUUACCGAGAUGUGAUGUAGAUGAUCAGAUGAUCAGAGUGAAACUAAAAAGGAAGAUAACUUACAAAGGCCAUUAUCAAUAUCAGUUUGUCAACAAGGCUCAUGUUAAGAAUGCUUUGGAAUAUCUUCAAACAGCUAACAAAUGGUACACAGAUGUCAAUUUUAAUACAGAUUGGGUCAAUCCCUUGCCAGUUAUUGAUGAGGAAGAUGAAAUUAUUGAUUCUGAUACUGACACAUUACCUGAUCUUGAUAAAGACGGCUCAAACACACAAUGUAAUGAAAAUGAAGAGUCUGAGAAAGAUCAUGGAUUACUUAUGAAUACCUGUCUGCAACCUCUUGAUAUUGGCCAGGAAGUUCUUGAUCAACAUUUUGAAAAGAUAACCUGUGUUGCACCUGCCGAGGAAAAUAAUCCUGUCCGACUACUGAAAGACAAAAGCAAUGAAGGAAGAUCAUUUCCAGUACUGUUCCCAUCAGGGUCCCCUACAUUCCAUGAUGAUCGUGAAGAGAGAAUAACACUUGCACGUUAUCUACAUACACGCCUCAUGAAUGCUGAUCGCCGAUUUGCUCAAAACACGGACUACAUAUUUUACGCACAGUAUCUUUCUGAAGUUGAACAAGUUAUGUCAAAUGUUUCAAUUGCACUGAGAAAGGGAUCACAGUCACAUGGUAGAAAUGUUACCUCUGAAAAUCUUACAGAUUCUGAUUCUCUGAGAGAGAUAUUAAAAUGUGAUGAAGGCUACAAGUUCUUGAAACCUAUCAGAGGAACUCCACCAUACUGGCAGUCUGCUCAGAAAGAUUUGUUUGCAAUGAUAAGACAACUCGGUAUUCCAACCUGGUUUUGUUCAUUUUCAUCAGCUGACAUGAGAUGGCCAGAAAUGAUUGAAACAAUACUCAGAGAAGAAGGUGAUAAACGCAAAGCCACUGAACUUGACUGGUCUGAAAAAUGUUCUGUACUAAGGAAAAACCCAGUGACAGCAGCCCGAAUGUUUGACCAAAGAUUCCAUUGCUUCUUAAAAGAGGUUAUCAUGUCUCCAGGAGAACCCAUUGGAAAGAUAAAAGAUUACUUCUAUCGUGUAGAAUUUCAGCACCGUGGUUCCCCUCACACUCACUGCCUUUUCUGGGUUGACAAUGCUCCAAAGAUUGAUAAAGAUAAUGAUGAGACAGUAACAUCUUUCAUUGAUAAGUAUGUCACAUGUGAGAUGCCUUCAGUUGAGAAUGAUGAAGAACUGUUUGAUAUUGUCAACAGUGUACAGAAACAUAGUAAAAGACAUUCAAAGACUUGCAAAAAAAAUGGCACAACCUGCAGAUUCAAUUUUCCUCGUCCACCAAGCAAUGAAACUUUCAUAUCACAACCUGGAGAUCAAGACAAUGAACCAAAAAAUGAUGUGCCCAAAACCCUGGAUCAGUGCUGUGAAGAUCUAAUAAAUAUGAAAGUGAUGACGUUACCAGGUGCUCAAACAAUUUUGAAACUGAUUUGGCAAGGAUUAACAGAUGAUGAGCAAACAUAUGAUUCGGUUGAUGCAUUGUUCUCUGCCAUUGGUAUUUCGCAAGAUGUGUUUCAGCUAGCAUGUGAUACUCUAGCCAAGAAGACAAACAUUGUGAUGAAACGCAAUCCUAAUGAUGUAUGGGUCAAUCAGUACAAUCCAGAUCUGCUCAGAUGUUGGAAUGCGAACAUGGACAUUCAGUACGUAGUUGAUGCCUACUCUUGUGUUGUCUACAUCAUUUCAUAUAUCUCAAAGGCAGAAAGAGAAAUGGGAUUACUGUUAAAUCAUGCACAAAAGGAAGCAAAUAAGGACAACAAUGAUGCAAAAUGUGCUCUGAAGAAACUUGGUGCUGUAUACCUACACAAUCGAGAAGUGAGUGCUCAGGAAGCUGUCUUUCGAGUUUGCAAUUUGAGAUUAAAGGAAGGAUCACGUAAAGUACAGUUCAUUCCAACCGUAGACCCUGUCAGAAUGAGUUUGCCUCUGAAAACUUUGAAGAACAAACAACUGAGUGGUGAACUAGAUGAAGAUGAAAUGUGGAUGACAAGCAUUGUUGAUCGAUACAAGAGCAGACCCAAAGGUGAUGAGUUUGAUAACAUGUGUCUUGCAACGUUUUGCUCAGAAUACAGAGUUGUGUCAAAAUCUGAAGUAACCAGAGUUUCUGAUGACAAACGGCGAAGUCCAUUAGUAACAUUGCAAAAUGGACUUGGCCAUGUGAAAAAACGUACUCGGACUGAUGUAGCAGUUAUCAGAUAUGCCAGAUUUUCACGUACAAAGAAUCCAGAGAAAUACUACCACAGUAUACUACAGCUAUUCUUGCCAUACACAUUUGAUACACAGCUAAAACCAGCCACAUUCAGUUCAUAUGAAGAUUUUUAUCAAACUGGUGCUGUUCAGAUUGAAAACUGUGCUUUGGAACCUGUGAAAGUGAUUGUUGACAGAAACAAAGCAAUGUUUGAGCAGGAUGGUGAUGCUAUUGAUGAAGCAGAGGAAUUGUUUGAAAGAUCCGGUCAAUUGGAAGAUGCUUGGGCUCAAAUUUGUCCAGAAACUGAAUCUGAAAGAAUAGAAUGUGAAGACGCACAUACUCGUAUGUCCAAUGACGAAAGUGAAACUGAAACUGCUAGAAACAUGCCAGAUUUGCUACAGACUGAUAACACCCUAUCAAAAACAGAGGUGCUUCAGAGUACAGUGUCGAGACAAGAUGCAGAUACUAUUCUCAGAUCAAUGAAUGAGGAACAAGCUGAAGUUUUCUAUAAAAUAAGACAAUGGUGUUUGGAUAAAAAGAAAGCUCAGCCAUAUAAACAAAUUGAAACAAUUGAGAACACAGUAAUUUUAUUUUAUUUCGGGUCCGGGUCGUCGCUUCUUCACAGAAUCGUCCCCUCGUCUUCGGGCCGAGGCUCGUCGCCUCCGGGCGUCAUCUUUUGGCAGACCUUCGCCCUCGCCGGCCGACAGACCCUCGCCCCCGCCCUCGCCCGCCGACAGACCCUCGCCCGCCGACAGACCCUCGCCCGCCGACAGACCCUCGCCCCCGCCCGCACCCCCCGGCAGACCCUCGCCCCCCGGCAGACCCUCGCCCCAACCCUCGCCCUCGCCCGCAGCCGCCGGCAGACCUUCAACACUGAAAUAAAUAUUGCCUCACUAUAA